AUGUGUAAGGUUCGUAUUGUGAUCAUCGGAUUUAAUACUAUUUCUAGGAGAAUUUUAGUUACAGGUCAUAUUUUUUCUCCUCCAGAUGAGGGACCUGUAGACAUGUCCAUUUCCGACAGAACUGAUAUAACAGACGAGAACAAAACUGCAUUAGCAAUGAGUAUAUUGCAGACUUUUAGUGAAGCUGUUGUUGAGACAAGGGAAUAUAGCAACGACGUCGGUGCAGCACAAAUUCCGGACGAAAACAAAACUGCAUUAGCGAUGAGUAUAGUGCAAACACUUAGUGAGCCCGCUGCUGAUACAAGAACAACUAUGGCAGAAACUAUGACCGAAAUGGAUUGUACGAUUAACGAAUCACACAACGUGGCCAACGUCAAAGGCGGAGAGCAAGUAGGAAGUAGUUUGCAAUCGUCAAUUUCGUCAGGAGAUCAUACUGUUUGUUCCGUGCAGUCGCUGUGUGAUAAAAUUGCUUGUUAUCUAAAAAGAAUGAUAUUUAACACACAAUCACUGCAGGUUAACUAUGUGAGUCCUGUAAUUGAUCAGCCGGAAAGUAACGUUGUUCGGGAGCUUAUUUUGGAGGAACUAAGGAGAAUGGUGCUCAAAAUCAAAGAGAGUUCUUCAUCUAAGGUCGCUGUCUUGCUGCCAAAACUAGAGGCAAUUGCUCCAACGAAAGCUUUAGCCCUAAGGAAUAUGAACAUGAGAGCUUUAGAAUUUGACGACGAAGAUCUUUUUUAUUGUGGAUGUUUACGUGCCGAAAUUGAAUUGGCUCAAAUUCGUCUGGAAGUCGCUCAACAGGCACGAAUAGCGCUUGAGCAAUUAAUUGCAAGUGAUGAGUCCACCUUGAGAACACUUCGGGAAGAUGCUCAACUUUGCAGCUCCAUCGACGAACUUCAGAGAGAUGUUCAAACGCUUCAAGCAGAGCUCUCUGAUUUGCCUUCUGUUGACGAGAUCGCUGAACUGGUUGCUUCUCAUAAGCAAACUGUUGAGGACGAAAAAAAUCUUCAUCGUCAGAUACUGGGCCUAGAAAUACAGGAGCGGCGUCUGGAAGUCGAACUAGCGAGAGCGAAGAACAAGGAUUUCAAGGAAACUAUCGAAAAAUUGGAUUUUCUGGUCAACACAUAUGAAAUGAACAAAGCGCGAGUUCACGCGUUCACACAGAAAAUUCAUAAUUUACAUAUGUAA